AUGGAGGCCGAGAAGAGUGACGCCUGGAUAAAGCUGGACGCCGCCAAGUUGGCGGAGGAUGCUGCACGCAAAGGCAAGCAGCCAAGGCCCCUCCCACCCGUCAACGGGCCCACGACUGAUGCCAAGCACCAGCGAAAGCAGGAACAGCGGCUGAUCCGUGCUGCCCUGCGCAAGGAGAAGCGCCAGCAGAAGUCCGAGGCCAAGGCCGACCGAAAGGCCCGCGCCCAGGCAGCUGCCAAAUGGACCCCCGAGCGCAAGGCCGACGAGAAGAUCAAGAAGGCCCUGACCAAACCGCACAAGGAGGAGAAGCGGUACCGAAAGAUGCUCGACCGUGCAGAGCGACUCGAGGCCCAGGCUCGCAAGAUGAUGCAGCAGGCCCAGCAGGCUCGAGCUCGCCACGCCUACCUGACCAAGCAGAGAGAGAAGGCCGCAGCCGAGAAGAAGGCCGAGCUUGAUGCCAUCAUGGACGAAGCUCCCGAGAACGACAACUACAUUGCCCUCGAACCGAAGCAAGAACCCACCGCCCCGGCUGAUUCAGAGUCCUCUUCUGAUGAAUCUUCUGAUGACUCAAAUGCGGACGUCACCAUGACCAAUGCUUCUCAUGACGACGAGGCAGCGGGUCCUGAGGAGCAGUCGAGCAAGAAAUCGAAAACGUCUAAGACGGACACGAAGGAAGAGGAGCCCGCUGAAGAGGAGACCGCUGAACCAGAGCAAGAUGCUGCCGCACCCGAGGAAGAGCCUGCAGCUGAGGAGGCACAGACCAAGGAGAAGAAAAAGAAGUCCAAGAAGUCCAAAAAAGUAGAAGAGACUGCUGAGGAGCAGGCUACCGAGCCAGGGCAAGAUGCUGCUGCGGCCCAGGAGGAAGUUGUUGCAGAUGAUAACAAGGACAAGAAGAAGAAGAAAAAGUCCAAGAAGUCCAAGUCUGAGGAGGGUACCGAGGAAAACGCCGAGACUGAAGAGAUAGUCGAUGGCUCUGCCGAAAAGAAGGCUGCCAAGAAGCGCAAGCGACACUCCGAACCGGAGGCUGAGGUCGAGGCCGCUGCGGAAUCCGCCCCUACAGAAGCCCCCGCGGAUGCCACUGCCGAUGCCGAGGAUUCCAAGGAAAAGAAGCGCAAGAAGAAGAAGGCCCGCAAGUCGACCGAUGAUGGUGCCGAAGAGGCCGCCUCGAAGCCGGUGACAGAAGAGGCAGAGAAGCCUAGCAUUGACGCAGCAGAGCAGUGGAACGUCUCGGCUCUGGGCGGCGGUGAUGCGAGAAAGGAGAAGUUUAUGAGACUCCUCGGAGCUAAGAAGGCAGGAAACCUGGCUGGCAGUCAGAGCACUUCGGGUGGCGCUUCGAAACAGUACAUCUCAACUGUCCAGGAGGAUCUUGAGCGCCAGUACGAGGCUGGCAUGAGAAAGAAGGACAUUGGCGGCAAGCGAGGCCUGGGGGCUUAA